UUGUAAUAUUAUUCAACCGGUUAAAAUUAUUCAAAAUAUCAAAACAAAUGACUUUCUCUAAGUUUAGUAAAAUAUUUAUAAAUAAAAAUAAUUUAAAAUUUUAUUCAUCUAUUAAGAACGUAAAAGUUGUAAAAUAUACAGAUACGAUAAACUUACCAAAAACUAAAUUUCCAACAAGGUUAUCGGCAGCUAUUAGAAACGAGGUUGAAAAAUCUAUUAUUGAGAAAAAACUCGCUCUAUUAUAUAAUUACCAACAAGAACACAAAUCGAAACCAAAUUUUGUUUUGCAUGAUGGUCCACCAUAUGCUAAUGGAGAUCUUCAUAUGGGGCAUGCAGUAAAUAAGAUAUUGAAAGAUAUUACAAUUAAACAAAAUAUAAGUAAUGACAAAUCUGUUCAUUAUAUAGCUGGGUGGGAUUGUCAUGGACUGCCAAUUGAGCUUAAAGCGCUUAAAGGAGAUUCAAAAUGUAGUCAAAUUAAAAUUAGAGAAAAUUCACGUAAAUUUGCAUUGCAGACAAUAGAGAAACAAAAAUCUGAAUUUAAAUCCUGGGGAGUAACGGCAGAUUGGAAUAAUCCAAAUAACUUAUAUAAAACUUUAAAUCCUCAGUUUAUAGAAAAUCAAUUAAAAGUGUUUUUGAAAUUCUAUGAAAAAAAUUUAGUUUUUCGUGAUAUGAAGCCAGUUUUUUGGUCGCCUUCUUCAAGAACAGCUUUGGCAGAGGCGGAGCUAGAAUAUGACUCAAACUUCGAAAGUCCAUCAAUAAUUUUGAGUUUAAAAGUUAAUGAGUUGCCAAAAGACCUUAAGGUUAAAUUGUCUAAAAAUUUGUUUGCUUUAAUUUGGACAACAACUCCGUGGACUUUGCCUUCAAAUCAAGCAAUUUGUUUCAAUCCAAAUUUGAAGUAUAGUAUAUGUAGCUUUAGUGACGGCGAAGAUAAAUUAUAUUUAAUAGCAACUAAUUUGAUAGAACAAUUCAAAAUAAUGACAAGUUUGAAUUUGGAAAUUAAAGAUGAAAUACUAGGAAGCGCUUUAAAUGGCUGUACAUACUUUCAUCCUGUCGAAGUAAACUGCGAGCUACCAUUUUUACCAGGUGAACAUGUAACAGACUUUAAAGGCACAGGUUUGGUACAUACUGCUCCAGCUCAUGGACAUGACGAUUUCUUAAUCGGACUGCAAAACCAAAUCAAAAUAAAAAAUUUCAUUGAUGACUCUGGAAAAUAUACAGAUGAAGCUCCAAAAUUUCUUAUAGGGAAACAUGUUCUUGAUGAAGGGGAUAAAUUGGUAAUUGACUAUUUACACGAGAAUAUAUUAUUUAGCGGAAAAAUAAUACAUUCAUAUCCCAUCGAUUGGAGAACGAAAAAACCAGUUAUUAUUAAAUCAAGUGAGCAGUGGUUCAUGAAUACAGAAAAAUUAAAAGAAAAAGCCAUAAAAGAGAUCGAAAAAGUGCAUUUUUAUCCAAAAAUCAACGCUGAACAAUACAGACGAGCUUUAACAACUCAAGUUAUGAAACGUCCCUAUUGGUGUAUUUCGCGACAAAGGGUUUGGGGUGUUCCCAUACCUGUAUUUUAUAAUAAAAAUUCAGGAGAAAUUAUUAUCAAUGAGAAAAUUAUCGGAAAAAUAUGUGAUACAAUUGCUAAAGAUAAAAAUAUUGAUUUUUGGUGGACAAAAGAUACUAAAGAUAUUUUGAGUGAACAAUUACUUAAAGAAUUAAAUUUAAAUGCUGACGAUUUGGAAAAAAGUCACGAUAUAUUUGAUAUUUGGUUUGAUUCUGGUAUUACUUGGUUUAGUGCACUAGAAGGUAACAAAAUUGCUGACAUGUAUUUAGAAGGAUAUGAUCAAUUCACUGGUUGGUUUCAAUCAUCUCUUUUAACAAGUGUUGGCUUAAGAGAAUAUGCUCCUUAUAAAUCAAUUUUUGUUCAUGGCUUUACAGUUGAUGAAAAAGGACAUAAAAUGUCUAAGUCAUUAGGUAAUAUAAUUUCUCCGAAAAAUAUUAUAACAAAAUAUGGUACAGACACUCUAAGAUGGUGGGUGGCUUCGCAUGGAACACAGAAUACAUCAAUAACAGUUAGCGAAACUUUACUUAAAAGUUCUGCUGAAAAUGUUGCGAAAAUUAGAUCUAUAUUAAGAUAUUUAAAUGGUGCUUUAGGUGAUAAUUCAAAAUUUUCACUUGAUAAUAUUAAACUUGAUGUCAAUUCUAAGCUUUGCUAUUUAGAUAAAUUUAUGUUAAAUGAAUUACAUAAAUUUGGUAAUGAAGUUACAAGUUAUUACAAUGCCUAUGAAUAUAAUCGGGUAAUAGCAACGUUACAAUAUUUUAUAACAAAUCAAUUGUCAGCAAUUUAUUUGCACAUAAUAAAAGAUCGAUUAUAUUGUGGAACAAAUGAUGAUCGUAAUCAAAUAAAAUAUGUUCUAAAACAAUGUUAUGAAGUAUUAUGUAAAAUGUUAUGGCCAAUUAUUCCAUUUACUAUAGAAGAAAGUUGGAGCUAUUAUGAUAAAACAUCAUUUUUUGAAAACAAUAUUAUAAUGAGAGAAGAAUGGAAAUCAAACGAAAUAGAAAAUUUAAUAAAUUUUAUAUUUGAAUUAAAAAAAAAUAUAUAUAAACAUGUGAAAGAUGUUAAUACAUGGACCCUACAAUGUGAAUUGUUUUGUAACGCUGAAGAAAUAAAAUUGAUACAGUGUUUGCAUCCAGUUUUAUGUGAACCUGACAAUUCUUCAGAAUUAUGUGAAAUUCUGCAAUUGUCAAGCAUUAAUUUAAAUUUAAGUAAAAGUGGAAAUUUGGAAUUUACUUUAAAACAAAUUGAUUCAACUUUAUGUCCUAGAUGUAGAAGAUUUCCUUUAGAAAAUCAUAAUACACUGUGUAAUCGUUGCAUGAUAUUAAUAAAUAAAUAAAUAAAUAAUUGAAAAGAAAAACGUUUAAAAUAUACAUUUUUCGUAUAUUUUUUAAUACACUUUAUUGUUUUGUACAAU